AUGGCAGAACAUCCGACUGAAGCUGAAAGUUCACCACGACAGCCUGCACCGUCGUCGCCUGUUCCCGAACCAACAGCAGAACAGACCGCUGCCGAAGGAUCCGGCGAAGACUUCCAUGGUCCUGAACAUUGGGCUACAUUGACCGGCGGGAAUGCGCCCGAAGAGGAAGACGAUGCGGACUCGGCAGUAGGCGAAGACACGGCCAGCUCGACCGAGUCUAUGUCAUCAAGUAUUCUUCAUUAUCGUUUGAUGAAUGGCAGAACAUAUCACGCUGAGCGAGGGAAUGCUCAUUACUGGACACCGAACGAUGAGCAUCAUAGUGAGUCUAUGGAUAUGGCCCAUCAUCUGUUGUCCUUGUCGUUGGAAGGCAAGCUCCAUCUCGCUCCGUUGAAAGAUGAUAUCCAAAAAGUAUUGGAUAUCGGAACGGGAACUGGUAUUUGGGCUAUCGACUUUGCAGACGAGUAUCCCAAUGCUGAAGUCACCGGAACCGAUAUCUCCCCAAUCCAACCCAGCUGGAUUCCCCCGAAUCUCAAAUUCGAAAUCGAAGACUGUACCCAAGAAUGGACCUUUGAACCCGAAUCCUUCGACUACGUCCACAUGCGUUACAUGUAUGGAAGCAUCAGCGAUUGGAACGCUCUGUUCCGUGAAGCUUAUAAAGCCUGUAAGCCCGGCGGCUGGUGCGAGAGUUUCGAAGCCUCACCAAGAAUGGAAAGCGAUGAUGGAACAGUGACUGAGGAUUGUGCUAUUAACGAAUGGGGAAAGUUCUUUAUCGAAGGCGGAAGGAAAUUGAACCGCACGUUUGAGAUUAUCGAUAAAGAUUUGCAGCAGAAGGGAAUGGAGGAGGCUGGCUUUGUGGACAUCAAAACCUGGGAUCAUAAGGCGCCGAUUGGAGACUGGCCAAAGGACCCUCGACUUAAAGAAAUUGGUCAGUUUGCGAGGGCAACUCUUGAGCAGGACUAUGAGGGCUAUGUCAUGUAUAUGGCGAGCAUAGUUCUCGGAUGGUCGCGGGAGGAAGUUUCGCUUUACUGUGCGCAGUUGAGGAAGGAGGUCCGGUCUGGGAAGUUUCACCCGUAUUACCGACAGCGUGUUGUAUAUGGGAGAAAGCCUGAGUAG